AUGAAAGGAAUCCAUAUAUUCUGUACAUCUCAAGCUGCAACAGCCAUAUGUCCCAACAUGAGUGAAGCCUCAUCUUCUUCCUCUUCCUCCUCCUCCACUGCCCAACUCGGGAGCAGUCGAGCCAUCGACCGAUACAAUCCCAUCAUCAGAGACUCGAGAAGAAAUGUAAAUCCACUCCCACCUCUCAGUUCUCACCCAAAACUCACUCCCAAACCUCGAAAACACCAUUCUAAUCCGAAGAACCCUUUGAAGGGAAAUGAUGAAGCCAAGAAAAAGAAAAUCCUCAAACUGGAGGAUGAAAAAUUAAAGAGAAAGGAUGAAAGAGUUGAUAAUAGUACUAUUGUUGUAAGGAAGAGCUGGAGUUACACCAAGCCAGGAGAUUUUAUAAGCCCUGCUGGUUCAACUAGAUACUUAUUGAAUGAUAAAGCUUUCUUGGACGUCUUAUCGGAUUUCGACCCGGUUCUGAAAUUGGUUCAUGAUGAACCUUCCAAGUCUAAAACAGAUGAAUCAUGUGAUGGAAAACUACCCUCUUUGUCUGAAUCUCCAGAACAGGUGGUUGUUCUUAGAGUAUCCCUGCACUGCAGAGGAUGUGAGAGAAAAAUGCGAAAACACAUCUCUAGAAUGGAAGGGGUGAAAUCUUUCGACAUAGACUUUGCAGCAAAGAAAGUGACAGUGAUUGGGGACGUGACUCCAUUGGAGGUUCUUUCAAGCAUAUCGAAGGUGAAGAAUGCCCAAUUAUGGCCUCCAACACUAUCAUCUUCACUUUCACCACUCAAUUUCACUACCCCAGAAUUCAGUUACAAAGGAGCUGCUGGUGCUUGA